AUUGUGCUCUACCUGAGGAUGUGUUUGGCCUACAGCGCCGGGGCCAAGCCCAUGUCCAUGCGCCUGGCAGAUAUGCAGGACGAUGCACCGGCCAUCGGCCACUACAUCCAGACACUGCUGUCUUCUGAGCAUCAGUCUUCAGUAAAGAGUUCUGAGGCAAACCCUGUUCAUGUGUAUAUGGAUCUGCUGCAGCAGCUGCUGUCUGCUGUAGGGGGAAUCCCAGUUAUGUACUGUCUGCUGGAGGUGGUGUCUGUCUGUCCAGAGAAACUGGCUUCCAGAUUUGUUGAUAAAAUUGACUGGAUUAAAAGUCUGAUGAACACAAAUAAGGAGGACAUGAGGGAGCUUGCAGCCCAGCUGUAUGCUUUGGUGGUAUCUACCAUGAUUGGCAACGAGCUGCAGAUGGCUGUGCACAACCUGGUCAAAAUCACCAAAGACAACCAUAGUCCUGAGACUCAGCAUGGCGCCAUCUUGGCUCUCGGCUACAUGGUGGGAAGGUACAUGAGCAAGAAGAAAGCUGUCACCUCUAGUGACUCAAUGCACGACAUGGGGCAGCAAAUCACCUCCCAAGAAGAUCAUCAACUUGUUGCCAUGGCCACCAAGACAAUUGGUUCCUUCCUGGACAGCAGUAGUGCACUGCUGGCUGUAGCAGCGUGUACAGCUCUGGGAGAAAUUGGGCGGAAUGGCACCUUGCCAAUCCCUGCAGAGGGGGAGGGCUUCACCAAACUGUCAACCGUGGAAAACCUACUGGCUCGCAUCCCCUCUGGCAAGGAGAGCACAAAGAUGAAGGAGCGAUCAAUCCAGACCUUGGGUUACCUACCUGUGGGAGAUGGAGACUUCCCUCACCAGAAGAAGCUGCUGCAGGGUCUCAUGGACUCUGUAGAGGCCAAGCAGGUGGAGCUGCAGUUUACAGUUGGAGAGGCUAUAACCAGCGCCGCAAUAGGCACCAGCUCUGGUGCUGCCAGAGACCCAUGGACCUGCACUGAGGACCAGUACAGCCCGCCACACAAUGUGAAAAACAACGAUGUGGUUCCUUGGGUCCUCAACUCCAUCUUGUCCAGGUAUAUACCCAGCCAGAACCCCCAUGUCCGACAGGCAGCCUGCAUAUGGCUGUUGUCCCUGGUCAAGAAACUCAGCCAACACAAGGAAAUCACGUCCCAUUUGAAGGAGAUUCAGGUGGCGUUUAUCUCUGUUCUCUCAGACCCUGAUGAUUUGAGUCAGGAUGUGGCAUCUAAAGGCCUGGGCCUUGUCUAUGAGAUGGGAGGAGAGGGUGACCAGCAGCAACUUGUGUCCACUCUGGUGGAAACACUCAUGACUGGAAAAAGAGUGAAACAUGCUGUUUCAGAAGAUACCGAGGUGUUCCAAGGAGAAGGUUUGGGGAAAACACCUGAUGGUCACGGCCUGACCACAUACAAGGAGCUCUGCUCAUUGGCCAGCGACCUGAACCAACCAGAUCUCGUCUACAAGUUCAUGAACCUGGCCAAUCAUCAUGCCAUGUGGAACUCCCGCAAGGGAGCAGCUUUUGGUUUCCACAUGAUCGCAGCCAAAGCCGGGGAGCAGCUGGCUCCAUUCCUGCCCCAGCUUGUGCCCCGUCUGUACCGCUACCAGUUCGACCCCAACCUGAGCAUUCGCCAGGCUAUGACCAGCAUUUGGGAUGCCUUGGUCACGGAUAAGACCCUGGUGGAUAAGUAUCUUAACGAGAUCCUGCAGGAUGUAAUUUCCAACUUGACCAGUAACACCUGGAGAGUGCGCGAGUCCAGCUGCCUGGCUCUAAGUGACCUGAUUCGCGGCCGCCAAGCUGAUGACCUCAUUGAUCACCUGGCAGAAAUUUGGGAGACACUGUUCAGAGUCCUUGAUGACAUCAAGGAAUCUGUGAGGAAAGCUGCUGACCUAACACUGAAGACACUGAGUAAGGUGUGUACUCGUAUGUGUGAGUCUACAGGCUCUGCAGCCCAGAGAACUGUGGCGGUCCUGUUACCUACCCUGCUGGAAAAAGGCAUCGUUAGCAAUGUCUCAGAGGUCCGCUCACUAAGUAUCCAGACCCUGGUGAAGAUUAGCAAGACAGCCGGUGCCCGACUAAAGCCUCAUGCUUCCAGGUUGAUCCCGGCCCUGCUGGAGGCCCUCAGCACCCUGGAGCCACAGGUCCUCAACUACCUCAGUCUCAGAGCCACAGAGCAGGAAAAGAGUGCCAUGGAUGCUGCCAGGCUGAGCGCUGCCAAGUCCUCUCCAAUGAUGGAGACCAUUAACAUGUGUUUGCAGCACCUCGAUGUUUCUGUGCUGGGAGAGCUGGUUCCCAGGCUCUGUGAGCUGCUCAAGAGUGGAGUAGGCUUGGGCACCAAGGGUGGCUGCGCUAGUGUAAUUGUUUCACUCACAGUGCAGUGCCCCCAGGAUCUCACCCCAUACUCAGGUAAACUGAUGAGUGCCCUGCUGAAUGGCAUCCAUGAUAGAAGCACUGUAGUACAGAAACAAUUUGCCUUUGCUUUGGGACACCUAGUCAGGACAGCAAAAGACAGUAGUGUAGAGAAACUACUACUGAAGCUCAACAGCUGGUACUUGGAGAAAGAAGAGCCGGUGUACAAGUCAUCAUGUGCGUUGACUGUGCAUGCCAUCAGCCACUAUAGUCCUGAUGUGCUCAAGGCCCAUGCAGGAGUGGCUCUGCCACUGGCUUUCCUAGGUAUGCAUCAGGCGCCAGGUCCUGAUGAGGAGAAAGGAGAGAGCCAUGACGCCACGCUGUGGGCGGAGGUGUGGCAGGACAAUGUCCCAGGAAGCUUUGGAGGCAUCCGACUCUACAUGACAGAGCUGAUCGCUAUCACCCAGAAGGCACUGCAGUCCCAGUCCUGGAAGAUGAAAGCUCAGGGUGCAGCUGCCAUGGCGACUGUUGCCAAGGAACAGACAGGCUCAUUGGUUGCGCCACACCUUGGCAUGGUGCUAACGGCUUUAAUGCAGGGACUGUCUGGACGAACAUGGGCUGGCAAGGAGGAGCUAUUGAAAGCUAUUGGAUCAGUAGUGUCCAAGUGCAGUGCGGAGCUGCAGAAGCCUUGCGCAGGCCAACCCACCAUCUCUGAGGUGCUGGAGGUUGUGUUGAAGGAAUGUCGUAAGGAAAGUCUGGUGUACAAAAUGGCUGCUCUGCGCUGCGCUGGAGACGUGCUUCACAGCAGCAACGAGGACCGCUUCAGCGACGUGGCUGAGAUCCUUGUCCCUCUGAUCAAGAAGAGCUGCCCAGAGAGUGGCGGUGCAUCACCGAGGUCGCUGGAUGAUGAUGAUGAUAGAGAUGUGAAGGAGAAAGAGCUGCA